CAAGAGACAAGGCCACCUAACAAAUCAACGACAAAUGUUUAAAAAUGGAAUGCACAUGAGUCUAAAAAAGGGCUUGGCCAAUCCUAGGCCCUAACACAAUUCAGAAUAUCUAUAUAUUAAGAUGUCGAUCGUAUUAAAUAUGUGUAGUACACCGUAAUGCGGCGAUCUUUAUCAUUCUUUGUACUAUUCAAAGUACCAAUUUGCAUUUUGCAAGUCGCAAGAGUCACUUGCUCAGCUGGUUACAGAUUAAAUAUGAUUAUUAUAGAAGUUUUGGUGAUGAAGAAAAAUGUAGGCAACGAGAAAAACCGUCCUUGGUGACAACUCAUGCUUGCACUCAAGCCUUAAGCUAGCUAAACCUAUCUCGCGCACUACUAGAAUUCAAAUAAAACUCUAUAAAUAGAAACCCUCAUGAGAUCUCUUCUUUCCUCAUAUACACUCAUACACACCACGUGAACAAUCUAUCUCUCUUUCUAUUGCUUUUCUAUAUAUACAGAAACUAAUUAAUUGUAUCUGUAAUGGCUAAGUUAAGCUUCACUUUCUGCUUCUUGUUGUUUCUUCUGUUAUCCUCAAUCGCCGCUGGAAGCCGCCCUCUUGAGGGGGCUCGGGUCGGGGUGAAGGUGAGAGGCCUAAGCCCUUCUAUCGAGGCUACGAGUCCGACUGUAGAGGAUGAUCAAGCUGCGGGUAGCCAUGGGAAAUCUCCAGAGCGGUUAAGCCCAGGAGGACCCGACCCACAACAUCACUAGUUAUUUUGUGUUUUUCAAUUUCUUCGACAUGUUUAUUACUUAUCAAUAAUUUGGUUGCAACGAAGCUGUUUUUCUUUUUUGUAAUAAAUUUGCGAAUUUACGUUUGUCAUAAUACUACAAAAUUAGUUACAGU